AUGGAGGCGGCGGCGGAGGGGCGGCGGGAGGAGGAGGGCGAGGACGGGCGGUGCCCGCAGGUGGGGCAGUCGCCGCAGGUAGGGCAGUCGCCGCAGGUGGGGCAGGAGGAGGAGGAGGAGGAGGAGGAGUUCCACCUCGCCAAGCGGAGGAAGGUGCUGUGCUCCGAGUUCAUCGGCAUCACCCGCAGCGACGCGGCCACGGCGCGCAGCUUCUUGAGCGGCAACGACUGGCAGGUGGAGAGGGCACUGAACGCCUAUAUCGAUCCGCCGCUGGAGAAGGAGGCGGAGGGCGCGGGGAUGGAGGAGGAGGAGAAGAAGGCAGCGUGCGGGGUGCCGCCGGCCGGCGCGGAGACCGGGAGCUGUAUUGACCUCACAGCAGAUGCAACUACUAGUAAUGCAAGUGGCAAUAGUGCAGACUCAAGGCAACAAGAAGAUGACAGCAGCUUCUCACUGUUAACCUGGAACAUUGAUGGGCUGGAUCUAAGAAAUCUAAGAGAACGAGCUAAAGGAGUCUGCUCUUACCUAACAUUAUACAGUCCAGAUGUCGUGUUUUUACAAGAAGUCAUCCCACCCCAUUUCCAUCUCCUGCAGGCGACAUCAGGCAUUUACGAUAUUAUUCCAGGUAACACAGAUGGCUAUUUCACUGCCAUAAUGUUAAAGAAAACAAGAGUGAAGCUACUGAAAUAUGAGAUAAUACCUUUUCCAACAACCUCCAUGAUGAGAAACCUUUUGGUUGUACAUGUGAGCAUAUCUGGUAAUGCACUCUGCCUUAUGACCUCUCAUCUGGAGAGCACUAAAAAUCACACUAAGGAGCGUGUGAAGCAACUGCGAACGGUCUUCAACAAAAUGCAGAAGGAGUCUGAGUCCACCACUGUUAUAUUUGGAGGGGAUACAAACCUGAGAGACAGUGAGGUUACUAAACUAGGUAACUUACCUAACAACAUCAUGGAUAUUUGGGAGUUUUUGGGUAAACCUCAACACUGCCGCUACACUUGGGACACCCACUCCAAUACCAACCUGGAUGCAGGGUACAAGUGCAAGAUGAGGUUUGACCGCAUUUACUUUCGGCCAGCAGCAGGCGAGGGACAUAUUAUUCCACGAAAGAUGGACUUAAUUGGAUUGGAAAAACUAGACUGUGGCAGAUUCCCUAGUGAUCACUGGGGUCUUCUGUGUAACUUUGAUGUGAUAUUAUAAAAAAAAAAAAGGCUUGCAUUGUUAGUUUUUAGGUGAUCUGUUCUUUUAAAAAAAUGUUACCCUCUCACUAUAAGAAGGACAUAUUUAAAUUUUCAACCCUAAUGCAUUCCCUGCUCUUGACUUAUGCUGGAAGAGCUUCAUUUCAAGCCAUGGUUGCCUCUUCCUUAUUGUAUGCAUCUGUUCUGGAAUCACAUUUUAAAAUACUUAUUUUUAACAAAGUAUGCAAAUACUCAAAAUAUAGUUUUAAAAACAGGAAGAAAAACAUGUAAAUACAAUUCAUAAUCGUGUUCAAUGUCUUAAAAUACACUUUUAUUUUUGGUAUGUAUUAUAAUCUCGUAAUAAAAGCUGCUUUUUAAUUUUAAGAAUA